UGAAGCGAGUGGACGUGCUGCGCGCGCAUCUUAGAAAGCCGUUAAGCAAGAAGAGAGAGGCAAAAGCGCGAUCUCUCGCUCGAAAAGUGGGGAAAAAAGUUUUACCAAUCAAGUUUUGUAUUUCGCAAUAGUGUAUUACACAUACAUAUAACAAAACUUCAACCUAGUUAAAGUUAAUAGUGUUGUUUUUGUGAACUUUUUGUGAGUGUCGGGCAUACAAGCGAAUGUACAUAUGUAUGUAUGUAUGUCGUGCAUUGAUAUUGGUGUGUUUUGCUUAUUUGUUUGCAAAAGCUAAUGGAACUGUGACUGUGAACUGUACGUGUACGUGCACCGCUGAUGCUUCCAAACUAAGAUUCAGUAAUGUAAAAAGAGAAAUUAAACAAUUAUAAAUCGAUUAAAUAUGGAAUAAAAUCAGUUGAGCUUGCGCACUUAAUGCUGAAAUUGAAAGUCAAUAUCUGAAGCAAUUUAUCUAUCAUAAAAAAAAAUCCGACACAAGCACAUUCACAUACAUAUGUAUGUAUGUAUACGGACAAAUACUUUUAAAAACACGUGAAAUUUUAUAAAAACCAUUAAGAUACAUGCUGUGUAAUUGGAAAGCUCAGCUCAAAGACUUACUUUCCCACAUAUGUAUUUGUACACACAUACGUUAAUAUCCAUGCGUAAAUGUGUGUGUGUAUGGUGUAGAUUUAUCCAGACAGUCUACAUACAAUCUUUCAACUAUUUGUGAAAGGAGCAAUUUCUACAAGAUUUAAUGAAAGAGUUUCAAAGAAUGUUGAUGUUGCAAUACAGCAAGCAUGGCGAGUGUAUACUCAAAGAAAUUGGUGCUGCGCUCAAAGGCGAGCAUCCAACCGACCUGACAAUUGUGUGUGAAAACAAGGUGAAGCUGCAUGCGCACAAAUUGGUACUCGCUGCUGCCAGUCCACUCAUAAGGAACUUACUCGAGGAUACUCACUUAAGUGACUGUUCAACUACAGUUUACUUUCCGGAUGUAAAUGCCACCUAUUUUGAAUUCCUUUUGGAUUUUUUAUAUUCCGGACAGACUUGUAUUACAUCAAGAGAUGUUAACUACCUGCACGAUCUAUUGCUGCUACUGCAGAUCAAAUCGGACAGCUGGAAGACGACAGAUUCUGCCUAUCUGAGUAGCAAAUGCGCUAGCUUUCGGGAAAGAGAGCGACCACGUAAACAACAGUACUGCAACAAUCAAAAUUUGGAUCAAACAUUGAAGUAUGAAGUGGAGAGUGUGGACGAAGUAAAGCAUAUGAGCAACUAUGCCAACUUUUCUGGCGAGGAGAAUUGUGAGACCGGUUGUGCACAGAAGCAAGCGGAAGCACUGGAGAGGGAGGGCGAGGAGGAGGAGGAUGAAAACGAGGAUAUAGAGAGCAUUAAUAAGGACAACAGAAGCGAUAAAGACACUGACGAAAUUGUAAAUCUAUCAAACAUUCCAGCCAAUAACAACAGUAACAACAACAGCAACAACAAUAAUCUUAAUAACAACAAUAAUAAUAAUAAUCAUUCAACAAUAAAUCCAGUUAAUUUGUCGCUUGAUCUGCGAAUGAAAACCGAUAACUCCACACGCAGUGAGAGCAACAGCAACAAAUCCUUCCUGCCGAAACACAACCACAUUGAUACAAUUACCGCCCACGAAAGUACAAAGCGUAAGAGUCUUUUCUUUGACUCGCACAAGGAUGUUAUGAAGCCUUUAUCGGAUGGUUCAGACAUUAACAGUUCACCUGAGAACUAUGUGGUGACGCCGCAUCGAAAGCGACGACCUGGCUUUCACAUCACUCAAAGCGACAAUCAACCAUUUACCGCAUAUCAGCAUAAUUUAUUGGAGGAACUGCGUCUAGUAAAGUCUACCACAUCGCCCGUGUCAGGCGGUAUGUCGCACUUCGAAGAUGACACUUUUAAUAACGAGAAUCCCAUGACACCGGAACGCAAAUUACUUGAAGCCCAACGCAAUCGAGUCCAAAGCCCAGAACUCCAAAUGCAUCUGGGCCAGCAAUUUGUCUAUCAAUGGCAAUCAAAUCAAAAUGCUGCCAUUUCGGCUAUGCCUAAUUUGCAAUCACGUCUCUCCAGCUUGUCACAUCUGAGCCUUAGCUUGGAUCCAGAUGUGCGCAGCAAUAGCACCACUGCCUCUGUACCGAACAUAGCUGGCAAUAAUACCACAACGCAUUCAUCAUCCGUGCGUGAGUAUCGCUGCGAAUAUUGUGGUAAGCAGUUUGGCAUGUCCUGGAACCUAAAGACCCAUCUGCGUGUGCACACUGGCGAGAAGCCUUUUGCCUGUCGUCUCUGCGUUGCAAUGUUUAAGCAAAAAGCGCAUCUACUUAAGCAUUUAUGCUCUGUGCAUCGCAAUGUUAUAACCACCACCAAUGGGACAGAUACUGAAAAUCGGUAUAGCUGCUGUUUCUGCUCCAUGUGCUUUGAGUCUGUACAGGAGCUUGUGCGUCAUUUGUCUGGCCACCACAAUAAUUUACUGCUCACCAAGAAUCUUCGCGAAUAAUCUGAAAGAUCUGUUUUGAGUUUGGCACCCAACCAAUUCCCCUGUUAAUAAGCGGUGCCUCUCAAAUGCCCAAUUGCAAAGAGACCUGAAUUUUAAAUUUUAUUCAAAUAUAUACACAUUUAUAUAUGUACGUUUAUAUAGAAACUUAUGGUUACAAGUAUAGUAACAAGAGCAA